AUGCGGAUUCCACUACUCCUUCAGUCCGGCCUCUUGGCUGCGACUGCCACGGCUUGCGCAACCGGAGAGCAGCACGAGCCCGGCACGCACCAGCACCAGUCGAGAGAUCUCCAACCUGACCCGGAAGAUCACGGCCAAAUGGUCACCUUGUCCGUCGCCGCUCACCUCUGCUGCUCGAACAACGCAAAGUGUGCCGAUAUGGAGUCGAUGGAAAAGCUCCUCGGCAAAACAAGUCAACGAUUCGCCAUAGCCAACAUCACCUUCUCCUUGGAAUAUUUCAACCAGUUCAACGAUGCAAGAUGCAAGGAGCUCAGCGGUGUCGACGAUGAACGCCGGAACGCCAUCUUGGAAUCUGUUCACAAGGGUGGUCCGAGCACCAUCAAUCUUCUCUACGUCCAGAAGAAUGAGGCCAACGGCAUCAAGGGAAUGGCCAAGGUUCCCAACUUGAGCGGUAAUUCCAUCGAGGACCAGACCAGCGAUAGAUACACCGGGGAAAGCCAGGAUGGCGCCACCAUUGCCAUGGGCUCGAUCCCUGGAAAGCAUUCCGGCUGGGGUGCCAACGCCAUGGUGAGCUGCCACGAAUUCGGUCACUUGUUCGGCUUGGAACAUGACAACCUUGACAAGUCAAAUGUCAUGACCCCCUAUCUUGAGAACGACAAGGUCACUUUCAAAAAGAGCCAGGUCCCUGAAAUGAGGCGCAUUGCCUUUAAGCGCCUGCGCGAGGGAGGAUUCUUUUCUGCGGAAAAGAAUGGCACCAUUACUCCUUCCUUGACCACGCCGCCAUCCGGCGCUCCUGGCCCCAAGCCCGCCGCCGAGCCUGACUCUCCCGCCGCCGAGUCCUACUCUCCCGCCGCCGAGCCCUACUCUCCCGCCUCCGAGCCUGAAUCUCCCGCCGCCGAGCCCGACUCUCCCGCCGAAUCGGACUAUCCUAUCCCAACCGGUUCGCGCGCAUCCCCCCAGCGACUUCCUCACGAUCCGUCUCGUCCUUCGUUCAAGUACUCGAAUGGCAGGAAUCACACGAAUGCCACUUAUCCGACGAUCCCAGUGUCUCCUUCUGGCCCUGAGGGCCUCGACUCGGAAACGCCUGAGUCGGGAACCACUGGCGAGUACGACUCUGAAACCACUAGCAAAUACGACACGGAAACCACUAGAAAAUUCGAUUCUGGAAGCACCAGGGAGUACAUCUCGGGAUCCACCGGCAACCGCAAGUCGGGAACCGCUGGCAACUACAACACGGGAACCACUGGCGGCCAAGACUCGGGAACCACUGGCAGCCAAUACUCGGGAACCACUGGCAGCCAAAAGUCCGGAGGCACGUACAAAUCUUCCGUAUCCCCCAUCAACCCCGGCGUCGAGGUCAUGCCGGAUGAAUCUGGGGAUGGAGAAUGCGAAUGCACUUGCCCCGAUCACCCCCCUGUUGGGAAGUCGCAGUCGGUGCCCAGCUCGCAAAACAAGGCCAGCCCGCAAGAUUCCGAGACGCCAGGGACAACUUCCUCCGGCACCCAAUCCCCCUCAGGGACUGGAAACCAGGAGGCAGGCAGCCCUUACUCGUCUGGCUCUAAGCAGGACUUGUCUGGCCCGAAUCCGAACUUGUCUGGCUCAACGCCCGACUUGUCAAAGACCCGAGUCCCUGGACCGCGAAGAAAGAAGGGUUGCAGCAAGGGGCGAAAGUCGCGGAAUCGUGGGCAGAAGAAUUCCCCUGGACGACUUCCCAUCAAUCCGACACUUUCGCCCACAUUCAAUUCAACCACGAACUCGACGUAUUUGACCAACUCAACCACGGACGAGUCGAUUCCUAUAGAGUCAAGCACGGGCGAAAAGGUUCCGACAGAGUCAAUCCUAUACGAUGAGAUUCCCACAGGGUCGAGCACGGGCGAAAAGCUUCCGACAGAGUCAAUCCUAUACGAUGAGAUUCCCACAGGGUCGAGCACGGGCGAAAAACUUCCGACAGAGUCAAUCCUAUACGAUGAGAUUCCUACAGGGUCGAGCACGGGCGAAAAGCUUCCGACAGAGUCAAUCCUAUACGAUGAGAUUCCCACAGGGUCGAGCACGGGCGAGAUGCCGAUGGAGUCAAACACGGAUGAGACGGUUCCGACAAAGCCAAGCAAGGACGAGAAGAUUCCGAUGGACUACAGAAGAUGA